ACCUAUAUAUUAUCUCUGUUAUCCCUAUUUCCUCAUCCUCCAUUCUUGAUAAUUUUCCAAACAUGAAAAACUUCUUUAGACUUAUUUUCUUGGUCACUAUUUUUAUUUAUUUAUUUCAUAUUACAUUAGCUUCUAUAGUUUCUACAGGAGAUUUUAAUAAGGAUUUCUACGUAAGCUAUUCACCUAACCAUGUAAACACUUCGAUUGAUGGCCGUUCAAGAAGCUUGAUAUUUGACAAGGAAUCUGGUUCAGAGGUUUGUUCAAAUGAUAUGUUUUUAUUUGGUCAAUUCGACAUGAAAAUUAAGUUGAUACCCGGAAAUUCAGCAGGCACCGUUGUGGCAUUUUAUUUAGCUUCGGAUCAACCAAAUCAUGAUGAGGUAGAUUUUGAAUUUCUGGGGAAUGCGCCUGGAAAACCUAUUACUCUUCAAACAAAUGUUUAUGUUGAUGGAUCGGAUGAUAGAGAAGAGAGAAUGAACUUGUGGUUUGAUCCAACUCAAGACUUUCACACCUAUUCUAUUCUAUGGAACCUUCAUCAAAUUGUGUUCAUGGUAGAUUGGGUACCUAUUAGAACAUACAGAAAUCAUGCAGAUAAAGGAGCUAAAUAUCCUCGUUGGCAACCAAUGGAACUCAAACUCAGCAUAUGGAAUGGAGAAGGAUGGGCAACAGAUGGUGGAAAAACAAAAAUUGAUUGGUCACAAGCACCCUUUGUGGCCACAUUGGGGAAUUACUCAAUUGAUGCAUGUAUUUGGAAAGGGAAUGCAAGAUUUUGCAGAGCAGAAAGUGAAAGUAAUUGGUGGAAUAAGAGGCAAUUCAAUACUUUGACAAGGACUCAAAGAAGAUCGUUUAAAUGGGUCAGAAGAUAUCACUUGACAUAUGAUUAUUGCAUGGAUAAUCAACGGUUUCAAAAUAAUAUUCCCAUAGAAUGCUCUCUGCCAAAGUAUUAAUCAUCAACAAUUAUGGGCGUCAAAUGAACGAGUUGGGCAUAUUAAAUUUUUCUAGGCUAAAUUUGACGCCUCUGCAAUAGAGGAUGAUGAGAAAAGAUCUUUUCUUUUUCACUUUAUGUACUUAUAUUUGUUCUUUGCAUAAUAUAGAUUUAAAUCUAAAAAGUCUUUGAAGGUCCUUUGAUCAAAGUA